UCUGCUCCCCCCUUGCUUGAGGACACAGUAGACGUGGUUCUCAAAUCGUCGGAUGGUGUUGACUUCCGUGUGCACAAAAUGUUCCUCGCCAUAGCAUCAACCGCAUUCGAAAGUACAUUUCUACUUCCCUCAAAUCCUCAAGGUGAAACCGAGUCGACUCUUCCGUCUGUAUCCCUGGUCGAAAUAGCAGAAGUCAUCGCUCUGAUACUGGCGUAUAUCUAUCCUAUCAAACGACCGUCUCGUCCGUCCCUUGCACUUCUCAAAGGCGCUCUUCGAGCGGCCCACAAAUAUGACAUGCAACCGGUCCUCUCUGGUCUCCGCCCACAUCUGCUUCAUCAAGACUUUUUACGAUAUGACCCGAUUGGCGUCUACGGCAUUGCAAGCACUCUUGGUUUCAAGGAGGAGGCACGCGUGGUAUACGAGAGCAGCCUCAAGCUC